AAACUUUAUUCUCUUCACUCGGAAAGUUACAGAAAUAAUCGAAAGUUAAAUGUACGAGCAAGGGAAAUAUUCGAAAUGAUCAGGUGUAAAUACAGAGCAAUUUUAUUGUUUUUGUUAUUAAUAAUUUACUGGAACGAAGUAGGGGCUAAAAGGAACAGGAAUACCAGAAGAAAAGAAAAAUGCACAAAACCGGACAAGGUGUCAAAUGCAGGACUUAAAAAAAGAUACGAACCCCAAGAAAGGUUCAAUGAUGGGGAUAAAGUAGUAUACACGUGUCAACCAGGAUACACAAUGGAAGGUAUAACAAUGCAAAGGUGGUGCCGAGAAGGAAACUGGACGGACGCUCUCUUUACAUGCAAUCACAAAUGCACAAAACCGGACAAGGUGUCAAAUGCAAAUCUUAAAAAGAAAUACAAGCGUAAAAGAAGGUUCAAAGAUGGGGAUACAGUAGAAUACAACUGUCAACCUGGAUACACAUGGGGAGGUGCAACAAGGAAAAGGUGGUGCCGAAAAGGAAACUGGACGGGCGUUCUCUUUUCAUGCAAUUCUGGUCACCCGUACCGGCAAUUGACACUUAACCAAGAUUUGAAGGUAAAUGGAGACAUUUCAACUGACCAAAUUCUAGCUGAAACUAAUAAUAAAGAGUAUGUCGGCGACCUUGAAUUCGAGUUGAUGGAGCUUGAUAUGAUUGUAGAUAAAAGUGUCAAGACGCCUUCAAGCUCGCAAAGUUUCCGUGCAAAUAUUAACAAACACAAAACAAGACGUUGGCCGUUAGAAAUACACUAUAACAUUGGCGACAAAAUAAGUGAAGUACAAAAGAAUGCGAUCCUAAAGGCAAUUCUUGUUUGGCAGCGGUACUCAUGUCUCAGUUUCUCUGAAGACAAGCAGGCGUACGACAGAAUAGAGUUCGAGCUUGCAAAAGAUAACAUGUGCACGUCAUACGUUGGAAGGAAGCAAGGAUCGCAGACUAUUAGCCUUGGGGAAACCUGCUUUGAGACAGAGAUAAUUGUUCAUGAAAUAGGACAUGCCUUGGGAUUCUACCAUGAACAUAACCGUUGGGAUAGGGAUGACUACAUUAAAAUACACUAUGAAAAUAUUGAACCCGGAAAAAAACAAAAUUUUCAGAAACGAAAAAAUACAGUUUUCGACACUAAUUAUGAUUAUAUGAGUAUUAUGCACUACGGACAAUAUUUUUUCUCAAAGAAUAAAUCAGCAAAUCUUAUCACAAUAGAAACAACGAAUGAUACUUUUCAAUCUAAAAUAGGACAGGCCAAACAUCCGAGUUUUCAAGAUUAUAAAACUUUGAAUGCCAUGUAUAAAUGUGCAGUUCCGUGCGCUAAAAUUGAAUGUCCUAAAGCUGGGUUUCUUGGAAAAAAUUGCAAGUGUUACUGUAAAGGAUAUUCCGAUGACACACCAGUUAGACGUUGCUUUCAAAAAGGGGAGUGUCCCAGACAAAUUCAUAAUAAAUACUUGUUUGACGUUCUGGAAAAAGAUAAAAGCACCCAAGUCAGUAAAUACCGUACAUCGUUUCCUGACAAGACAGUUUUACAUAUUUAUUCAACCAACUGGAAAUGUGCACCAGUUUCUAAGUUAAGAUGUGAAGAUGGUGAAUGGAAAACAAAGAAAAGAUCAAUCACAGAAUGUUCAGUUACACUCAACAUUUCGUUGACUGAUAAUACAGAAGGUGUUGUUAAAGUUACAUUAAAUGGCUACUAUGAUGGAUAUAUCUGUGAUGACGACUGGGAUGAUAAUGAUGCAACUGUUGCUUGUAGAAUGCUCGGAUAUACAAACGGUUUGGCUUACUUUCUAAAACCUCAAGAAGUUGACGAAUCUUUACCUAUUCUUCUGGACAACGUUCACUGUAGUGGCAAUGAAUCAUCUCUUGCUGAUUGCAAACACAAUGGAUGGGGAAAUCAUAACUGUAGAUAUACCGAAGUCGUUACAGUCAAAUGUUCCAACAGUUCACUUCCCUAUCAUAUAGACAUAACGGAGUGUGGUAUAAUUAAAUUGGGUAAUACAAAGAGAAAGAAACGACAAUUGAAAGUUUCUGGUGGCUUCGAGACAAUAAAGGGAAUGCAUCCGUGGCAAGUGACAAUUCAACGGAAGGAAGAAGAAUGGAGUCAUUUGUGUGGUGGAACAAUUAUCAAUGAUAAGUGGAUAUUAAGUGCUGCACAUUGUUUUGACGAUUUCGAAAAAAGAAAACUAGAUUUGAAGGACUUACGAGUGAUUGUUGGAGUUCAUGAUCUUACUAAACAUGAUGAAUAUGAAGACAUAUUUUAUAUUGAAUAUAUUGUCAAACACUGGAAUUACAGUGAAUUCAAAAGAAGCUACGCUAUCAAUGAUAUAGUGCUACUGAAAUUAAAAUCAUACAUUAUCUUCAAUGAUUUUAAACAACCAGCUUGUUUGCCCGAAUCUUCUGAUUUAUCUGAAACAAAAUGUGAGGUUUCAGGAUGGGGAAAGGAGAAAGAAAAUGGUAGUAUAACUGAUACGUUAAGAGCAGCACAAGUAGCGAUCAUCCAAGAACACGAUUGUCGUCUUACAUUAGGCAAAGAUUAUCCCAUUGAUUUUGGAAAAGUGAUAUGUGCUGGUGAUGACGGUGCUGAUACAUGCCAGGGAGACUCUGGAGGUCCUCUCAUUUGCGAAAUAAACGGCAAGAGUACAAUAAUAGGAAUCACAUCAUGGGGAAAGGGAUGUGGUCGAAAAGAAGCCCCUGGUGUCUACACAAAAGUUUCAAAAUAUUUGAAAUGGAUAAAUAAUCAAAUUUCUAAUCACCAUUUCGAAGAAGGUUUGUGCAAUAUUAUUUUUUUCUAAAUUAAAAGCUCAAUGACCCGAAUGAAGGAAUCCCGUAGUAUAAUAAAAGAAGUAUGUCCCGUUGACGGUAAAAGCACCAUUUGUUUUCAAAGCAAGAAUAUUGAAAUAUGAACAUUUGAAAUGCCAUUUCGAUUGCUUUUAACUGUAUAAUGUUUUGGGGAGGUAUUUUGAAAUAUUAGUAGACGGUAGCUUAUGUGUUUUCCUUCUAGAUGCCUCCUGCUUUAAGCUUGAUGAUAUGAAUUCUUUUUAUAAUUUCUUGAAUAUUUCUAAAGCAACAAUUUUUAGUUUCUUGUUUGUUUAUUUGAAAAGACUUCCAUUGGCGAAAAAUGCUGUCCCAAAAUGUCGAGAACAGUCACUGUAAACAACAGCAUA